UCACAAGCUCAAGAAGUAAGUUGAAGCUCAGCGAGAGAGAAGGAGAGAGAGAGAGAAAAAUAGAGUUAGGGGGGAGAGAGAGAGAAGAGUGGGAGAUAAAGAGUGCGAGUGUGAUGCACGCAAAAUUUAUUAAUGUAAGCGACAACUUGACACAUUUGGCAGCACUGGCAGCGCUGAUGUUGGCUGUCCCCGGCAAGUGUCAUGUGCGCACAAAAUUUGCAAGCAACUGCGACAACCGCAACCAAAUUAACAACAACAACAGCAACAACAACAGCCACACAGCCAAUCAUUCAGAUCGGGCAACGAUCCGAGAGUCGAUCGAGUCGAAAGAGCCAAAGAAAGAGGCAACGAACCAACAAGCGAACUUGCGACGAGGCAGGCGACAAGAAAAAUCAAUUAGUGAGCGACAUCUGACGAUAAUAAUGCCAACAAUAAAAAUUGCACUGCGGCCACAAUAUGCCUCUGGCAAUGGCAGCGGCAUGCCACAAGAGAUGGAGAGCGAGAGCUGAGUAAGUUUUGUGAGCCGUUGACUUUGAUCAGUGCCUGCGAUCGAUCCGCCUUCACUACAAUUUCCCCAGCGAAAACCAAGGAAGUUUGGGAAUCAAAACUCUGUAGUAACGCUAGAGUUAAAGUUGAAACCUGACAAAGUCAUGUGGCGGAAUGCAAAUAAACUAAAUGAAAUA